AUGUCGGUGCAGCAGAUGAUCUCCGAGGCUAGGAAGGGUGUCCUGGAGGCAAAACUGAUUCCCAAGCGCAAUGAUCCCGCCACCGAGGUCCUCGACUUGGCGCUUGCGACUUGCGCCAAUGGCGGCUUCUUUGUGCUCGCACCGUACGAGCAAUGCCUCAGAGCCCAGGACUACAUCUUCGCGCAGAAUUGUGGGCACAUGCCACGCGUGGGCUCACGGCCUAAGUAUCACGUCGACCUCUCGGUUGCUGUCGCAGGGCUCCUGGACACCUUGGAGCUGCCCGCCUCCACCACUUUCGCUCAGCUUGACGAGCUCGACCCACGUUUUUUCUGUUCCCUCUGCAAGCCCAUGCUCAACCCAGAGUUGCAUAUUCGAGGAAGAAUGGCCUACGGAUGGCGCUCUGCCGCCGUGCACUUCAAACAAGAGCACCGUGAUUGCGGACAACCGAGAUGGCAGCUGCUUUCCGAAGACGAGGCGUCUUAUGCUCGGUCGAGCAAAGGACAUGAUCUUGCGGACGUGGAAACAUGGUCCUGCGCCCACUGCAAUCUACACCUCGAGAACUGGCAAACACUGGAGCAAGCCAAGGCGCACGUCAAGCAAGUACACGGGUCAGAAAAUCCGCGCAUUGGCAAGGACGUGCUCUGCAUGCCUGCGAAUCCGGUGCACAUCAAGCCUAUCUUUGUGGUGACCGACUGA